GCUGGUAGAUUCUCCGCUGUUCCUGCAGAUGGUUUGGUGUUUGAUCAACAAAGUGUGUUUGGUCUGACGCUCCUACUACCAGUUGUAUGCGGAGUGUCCGUGUCCUUGUUUCAGCUUUGUCCCUUGCACGUGGGUGUUUCUCCAGUAUUUCAAACAAUCAACGGUUGCGAUGUUGCUUGUCCCUCGUCGUCGUCCUCCCAUACUAUAGCCCAUAUCCUUCCGGGCCAUGGCCAGUCUGUUUCCACAUGAUAGCUUAGCGACUCUGCUUCUCGGCGUUAUUUCUGUCCACCUUACCUUACCUGCCUUUUAACACAUUCACACCCAUGGCUGAGGAUCCACAACCAUUGACCCUCCAGCAACGCAUUGCAGCCCUGAACGCCGCACAUAUCGGACGCAUUCCCGGUGAUCCUCCUCGACCUUCCUCAAAUUCGUCGCACAUCGUCACGCCUGCUGUCCCCGCGAGACGGCCGAUUGCGGUCAAACAACACACCGUCAAUAACCCGCCGGAAAGGAUCCAUGGAUCAAUCGUCGAGCAGCACAACAGAGUGGGCAAUCUGCCUGCACCGGCACCGCCUCCACCUGUACGACCUGCUGUAGCUACCAGAAAGCAACCUCCUCCAUUGCCCCAACGGAACAACUCACUUGACGAGCAGCCACAGCCGCAGCAGAGAACAUCUAUUGAGAGAACAUGUCCCAAAGUGACCGCUACACGGAACAAGUCAACAGAAUCCGCGAGUCGAGUCAAGGCCCCGGCUUGGGGAGAGUGUGAAUUGCCCGUUCUACCUCCUAGAGGCACACAUGCACAUGCACAGUCGGGCAACAAUGACAGGCCGAAACAUAUCACUCGAACCUCUACGACGCCGCCGAUGCCUACAAGGACGUCAACAGAUGUGAGACCGCCUCCGCCACCACAGAGACCUGCUCUGCCACCACGCCCUCCUUCCCACAAAAAUGAGCACGAUGGUGCUCCUCUCCGAAAGAUCCCACCUAUUCCCUCAAUAGAGGCGGUUGAAAAGGCGAAGAAGGCGGCAUUCUCGUUUACCCAGCAGCAUAAGGACCACUCACCGUCACACUCACAGCCAGACGCUGUCCCAGGCCGGGAUCGGGAUAUCGUGCCAUCAGUCGUGAAAGUGAAUGUGCAAUUGCCUAUGAGAGAACACAGAGUCCAAGAGCCAGUUGUUGCAAAUCAUGAGCAGCGAGAAAACAUGCCAUUUUCGGCAAUGGCAAGAGUCGCACAUGCGUUCGAUCACGACGCUCUACAACAUUCCCCAAUGCCACCGCCUGUGCCUCUUUCGUCAAGGCCAGAUCUGUCAGCCAUACAAGCCACCAAACCUGGACCACUUCAGCGGCCUUCAACAACCGCCAACGGCGUGGCAUUUGAGCGCACUAACACCGGCGCAAUACCUUCUUCUGGUUCUGAGUGUCUAAUAUGCCGCGACUUCUCCGGCCCCGACCAUCAAGCCACCCUGUUCCCAAGAACCCAAGUCACCUCACUACAAUCUCUCGCGCACCAAUUAACUUCACCGUUCCCUUCGGCCACCGACAAGGCUCGAGCCAUCUUUACAUGGCUGCACCACAACAUAUCCUACGACGUCGUCAGCUUCUUCAACAACAACGUCAAGGGAUCCACACCCCAAUCGACUCUGCAAAGCGGCCUGGCCGUGUGCGAAGGGUACGCAGCACUAUUCACCAACCUAGCCACCUACGCGGGUCUCGAAUCGUUAGUCAUAUCCGGCCACGGCAAAGGAUACGGAUUCAAACCACUUACCCCUGGAUCACCAUUACCUCCCUAUAGCGCCAGCCACGCCUGGAACGCCGUCAAAAUCGACAACGGCGAAUGGAAACUCAUCGACGCAUGCUGGGGCGCCGGCCACGUCCAGGGUGCAGGGCAACCGUACAUUCGCAAAUUCAGCCCCGAAUGCUUCACCAUGUCCAACGAGGAGUUUGCGGUCAAGCAUUUCCCAGGAAAUAAAGACCAUUUUUUCUUGCCUGGCGGUCGUAGGAUGACUUGGGAGGAAUAUAUUGUCAUCGACCCGGCGUGUUGGCCCGAUAUGGUCGAGGGACCUACUAUUUUCACGAAUGCCAAAGAGGACUAUUCGAUUGGUGAAAAGACGGUCUGUCCGCGCUCGAGAAGGAUUGAUGUAAAAAACAAUACUGGUAUGGUGAGGUUCCAGUUUGGACUCUUGUGUCCGCAUUGGUCGCUGGCGAAACAUACUCGGAAGGGUCCACCUCCGGUGUAUAUCGUCUCGGUCAAUGGCGUCGAUGGAAGGAAUAAAGAUCAUAUCCCGAUGGAGUAUUAUCCUGGCGGCGGCAACAACAGUGGUGGUGGCGGUGGUGGCCAUGGUGGUGGUGACACGUGGCUCGUCGAUAUCCCUGCUCGCCAACUCGGGGCCCCAGGGCAGACCUUGACUCUUUUCGCCGUCACCAGUUUCGGCGAUCGACAGGACGCCCGGGGGUUGACGGUUCGCGAGUUCCGUGAGGGUAAAGGUCGUGUCGGGAUGGGGUUUGUCGGCGUUGCUGCGUGGGAGUUGGUUUGAAAGAAAUUGAUUCCGUGAUUCGUGAUCCGUGAUCAUGAGAAAAAAGAGAACGAACCGAGGCGUGUGUUGCACGCGUGUGAUUGAUUGGUAUCGGCCAGUAGCAUCCGCUUUCGGUUACUUUUCUACUAUACCUGGGGCUGUUACGGAGCGCUUUACUGGGGCAAGGCAUGGCAUGGCAUGGCAUGGUAUGGCACGGUUUGGAUGGAUGGAUAUGACUUGAUGUGAUGUGAUGUAACGGAUGAUAAACAAGUAAUGAUAAUACCUAGCGGAGGCCGAACUGAGGCAAUUGCAGUGGCAGUUGUCGUUGCAAUGACCACUGGUAAUGAGAACGACUAGGAUUGAGAAACGACAACCAUUGUCAAGGUCCUCUCUGUAUAUACACAGUGUACCUACCGUACCUUGUAGGGCCGACAGACACAGGAAAUGUUAUGGACUGAUCACAGAAUGAUCCUCGAAAUAGCCAAUAGCCCUAUAAUUGAG